GAAGCAGGGUUUAUCGGGGACCGACCGACCGCCGCCGCGCGCCCGUACCUACCCUCCCGUUGCGCACGUUCGGCGCGACUCAGGUGCAGACCGAUGCUCUCCACUUUGGCGUGCUGCUCCUCCAGCGGCGUCUGAAGACUGAGCGCCGAGUUGAUCUCCGCCGCCUCCCUUCGCUCCUGAUCCAAACGCAGUAAUAGGAAGAGCUCCGAGAAGGACCUGCGGAAGAUUAAGUCUCGAGCGCUUCUGCCUUUGACGAUGGCGUCCGUCCGUCCGCUCGCUCGCUCGCGGCCUACCUGUGGAAGCCGUGCUGGAGCAGUCCCACGCAGAUGUUCUGUUUUCGACUGUUGAUGAACCUACGUUGAUCGGGGGCAAACGUUGAAUCCAUUUGAAAGUGACUGACGUCAGAAAACCAAACGCUCGCUCACUCACUUUGCAAUGUCUUCCCUGGAGAGACUGUGUGCGGAUUUAUCUGGAGUUGCUUGGACAGGCGUCCUGCACGGGCCCAAGGAAUAAUGUUCCGCCUUUCAUAAGCGUUAGGAACUUCCGACUGUACUCGACUGACCUGCUUUUCUGCCUCCUGACCCUCGAGGUAACCCCCGGUAGAGCGCCGCCGAGUGGAGAUUGCAUUCUCGGCCGGGCGGGAGGGCGAGGCCAAGUCGGUACAAAGGAGUAAUGUGAUUGGGUUCAGCGAAUCACGUGACAGAAGCCACUUUAGCCUACCGCUCGCGGUUCUGGACCUGGAACGAGUUGACGGUCUUCCCUUGUUCGAGCCACAUUCCGGACGGACGGACGACCACCGCCGCCACCAUCCUCCUCCUCCUCCUCCGGGUGCAUCACUGGCCACUUUCUAUUUGCAGCACAGACGGCGACGAUGCUCUCCGUCAUGUCGUGAACGCCACUCGGGGACUCGGGAGUGGAUUAAGUCGCUGUUGGAUUAUUGGCCUGCGCCUUCUUGUCACGCCGUUUGUCGCUAAAGCCCCGAAAAGAAGCCAGGCAAAAUGUCUUUCCGGCGAGGCGUGGUACGGCAGAGCAAGUUCCGCCACGUGUUCGCCCAGGCGUGGAAAGCCGAGCACUGCCUGGACGACGUCCGAGUGUCGCGGGUGACGUGGGACGGCCCCCUGUGCGCGGUCAACCCCAAGUUCCUGGCCGUCAUCGUGGAAGCCGGAGGCGGCGGGGCCUUCCUGGUGGUCCCGAUCGGCAAGAGCGGCAGGAUCGACCAGUCGUGCCCGACGGUGUGCGGCCACACGGCGCCCGUGUUGGACAUUCAGUGGUCUCCUCACGACGACAACAUCAUAGCGAGCGCUUCGGAGGACUGCGCGGUCAAGGUGUGGCAGAUCCCCGACGGGGGAUUGACGGCACCCAUGACCGAAGCCGUGGUCACCCUGGAGGGGCACAGUAAAAGGGUGGGCAUCCUGGCUUGGCACCCGACCGCUUUCAACAUCCUCCUAACGGCAGGCUGCGACAACGUCAUUUUGCUGUGGAACGUGGGCACGGGCGAGCUGGUGUACCAACUGGCGGACGCCCAUCCGGACCUCAUCUACAGCGUCAGCUGGAACAAGAACGGAAGCGCCAUCUGUACCGUGUGCAAGGACAAGGCCUUACGCGUGAUCGAUCCGCGGAGGGACACCGUCCUCAAGGUGAGAGAAAAGGUUCACGAAGGCACCAGACCCAUGAGAGCCGUCUUCCUCUCCGACGGCAAGAUCCUGACCACGGGCUUUAGCCGUAUGAGCGACAGACAAGUGGCGCUGUGGGAUACGAGAGAUCUCUCCGAGCCGAUGGCCAUACAGGAAAUGGACACGAGCAACGGCGUUCUCCUGCCGUUUUACGACCCGGACACAAACAUGGUGUACCUGCUGGGGAAGGGCGACUGCACCGUUCGCUAUUUCGAGGUGACGGAGGAAUCGCCCUAUGUUCACUUCCUUAGUUUGUACAGCAGCAAAGAGCCCCAGAGAGGGGCGGGCUUCCUCAGUAAACGAGGGGUGGACGUCAACAAGUGCGAAAUAGCCAGGUUCUACAAACUGCACGAAAGAAAGGUGGAACCCAUUUCGAUGACCGUACCGAGGAAGUCCGAUCUAUUCCAAGGGGACCUCUACCCGGACACGGCCGGCUCGGAGCCGGCGCUGCUGGCCGACGAGUGGAUCGCCGGCCGGGACGCGGCGCCCCUGCUGGUGUCCCUGAGCGGCGGCUACGCGGCGCCGCCGUCCAAGCACCGCGACGCCGUCAGGGGCAAGCCCAGGUUGCCCUCGCAGGACUCGGGGUCGGCCGUCGCGCCCAAGGAGGACGAGGAGCCGCGCGCCCCCGCCCGGGAAUCCAGCGGCAACGCGGAGAGGCCCAAACGAGAGGACGACGUCCUGACGGAGCUGCUGUCGGAAAUGAAGGCGCUGCGCGCGGUGGUGCUGGCGCAGAGCCGGCGCAUCGAGUUGCUGGAGAGGCAAUUGGCGCGAAUUGAGGACGGCGACGUGUGAGCCGUCCUCGGCGACUGGUUAACUAAUCAGGUAGUUCGGCGCCGCUAAACCGCCGAUCGUAUCCCAGUCCUUAGCGCGUAGAGCAAAUGGGAGACGUUUGCGAUCGACGGAAAAAACUGAAGGUGAACUGUUGAGUGUUGUGAAUUUAGUGUCGGUCGGUCGGUCGGUCGGUCCAACGUCAGCAAUAUCUUUUGAUUUGUAGUCUAUUGUACAUUCCCUCUUUAUAUUGUAUGCACUGAUGACAAUUCUUUCCAUGUAGCAAAUGGAAUAAAUCCUCCUUUGUA